CUUAGCGCUCUCUUUUGCUUUGCAGGGCAGUAGAUGUCAGUUCGGUCUGUACCGACGUUUAUUUUAUUGACCGGUAAUGGCCACUAAUCCCUGGGAUCCGGUGCAGCCGACGGCAGCUGCGUUACUGAUGGAGAGGUGUCUGGGGGCCGGAGUUCUGUCACAGAAUGCCCUUGACCAGACAUGGAAAGAGACCCCGUGCUUCAGUCGUGUAGGAGAGCUGGAGAAGAUCUCUACACUCAAGGCUGAAAUCAACCAGAAGACCUUGGAAUUGGAAAUGCUGAGACUGGAGAAGGAGACGGCAGAUAUCGCUCACUCGUUCUUCCUCAAUCAGAAAUAUGAUGCCCUGCAAGCAAUAAACAGCCACCUGGAGGCGGUACUGAGAGAGAAACGCAGUCUGAGGCAGCGGCUGGCUAAGCCUUUGUGCCAAGAGAAUUUACCCAUCGAGGCAUCUUACCACAGGUUCGUCUCUGAACUCUUACCACUUGCUGUUAAAUUCAUUGAGAAGCUGGAAGUCUACAUCCAAACCAUCCACACCAUUCCCCAGAUCCCAGACUGUGUGAAGAACAUGGAUAACGCCUUGGUCAGAAUGGAGGCUCUCGAGGCAGAUCUAGAGGAGGUGACUGAACAGAUUCUUACGUGGAGAGCGACACAGAAUAAACUGCUUCAGGGAAACUUCCAGGUUAACGCAGAAGAAAGUUCCAGCAGUAUCAAAGGAUCUACUUCUUACCUGUCCAUUGAAAAUCUCCACCACUAGUUAGCAGUUUGGCGGUGAUGUCACAUUGCUCAGACAGUAGAUAAGGAGUUAGUGGGGUUGUCCUGUCUCGCAGUUUCAACUAGCCCUGGGUGGCCGGGCUUAAUGGAAACUGCCGAUUGGGCCGUCGCUCUGCUAUUUCCAUAGCUCUUACUGCAGUGAAUGGAAGCUACAUAAACAGCAUAGCAGAAAAAGCUAGGCUGCUUCCGUAACCCCCGAUUGACAGAAACGGCCUUGCUUUCUUUGCUUCGCUAUUGGCGUAGCUUCCAUUCACUACAAUGGGAUUUGCUCAGUAGCUUCUGUAAGCCCGGCCUCCUGAGGUCAGCGCUUAGUCCCAUCUUGCCGUGGAAACUGUGAAAUGGGACAUCGGCUUUAAUAUCAAACGUUAUAAGGAUGCAUUCACAUAACUGUGGGACGGCCGUGCCCGAACCGGAUCCGCUAAGCAUAGGCACCCGCUGUGUGCACCCUGCAUCGUGGUGCGGACCCAAUGACUUCAACGAGCCUCUGACCCGCGAAAUAUAGGACACAUUCUUUCCUUUGCAGCAUGAAGGCACAGACCCGAAGGCACACGGAAGCCCUUCUGUGUGCUUCCGGGUCCGUGCCUCUGUGCCGCAAAGGAUAGAACACGUCCUAUUUUUUGCUGCGGAUUGUGGACCCAAUGAAUUCAAGAUGCGGUGUGCACGCAUUUUAGCGGAUCUGUGUUUUGCAGUCCACAACACGUGCACGGCCAUCCCACAUGUGAACGCACCCUAAGGCUGAGUUUAAAUAGAGUUUUUUCUGUGCUGCAAAACAUGAUGCAGAAUCUGCUUCAAAUUUCUUUCCUUUAUUAAUUUUACCUUUUUUGACGGGAUUUUUGGAUGUGGAUUCGUCUUGAAAUCCACAAGAAUAAACAUGCCACGGCUUAUUUUCCCACAAUGUUUUUUUUUUUAACCAUAAAUUAUCAUGUGGUUUUCGCAUUGAAACCAACAGGAAGUGGAUGGCAUGAAUUUUCGGUGCGGAAUCCGCACCAAACUUCACGCCAAAGAAAACUGUGUCUGAAAGCAGUCUUACACAUUUUUAACAGUUUAUCCUGCCCGUAAACCUAGCAGAGGCAGCCAACCUAAUCCAAAGUCAGCACUGGUUCCCCCAUAUAAAGGCUACAAUUAGUAUCUAUAGGUCCGUAGCCUACCUAGUCCGCGCACCAGUCGAAAACUGAUUUUUUUUUUCACCCCUUCCCCCCCAAAAAAACCCUUACAUAUAGAAUAGCUAUGAAUAACAAUCACAAAUGUAAUAAAGCUAGCAUCUCUCUGUGUUAUGCUUCAUAUCUUGGCAAUGGUUUGGAAUUACUAGAUGACACACAUUUGGGUCUUCUCCUCUCGCAUUCAAAGAUAUGAAGUCAUUUAUAUAUUUAAUUACUUUUGCUAUUUGUACAUACAUUUUUAAUAUUAAAUAUCUAAACUUUGCAUAUAAACUGAUGUGUGGAGAAGUGUGCUCUCUGGAAUAUUUUUUUGCUCCAUCGCCAUGAUACAUACAUGUCUAUCACCCGGGUGCAUGGCUCAUUACAACUACCAGAGCCGUGUCUUGUAAGAAGGCGAGCACCUGGGUGUCCACCAGAUGGCCGCAAGGUCUUUUAAUCCUCUGGAAGCAAACCAUGAAGGUUCCCAUUCAGAAGGGGUUGUGCAAGAAUGAAAGGGAAAGGGAGGGGGAGGGGGGUGCAGUAUGGGGCCAACUAGGCCAGACCUGUAAAGGAAAAAUGACUUACCUGCUACCUGGCACUGGCUUCCCACAGCUCCCCCUCCAGGCCUGCGAUGCUCCAUUGGACUUCCACGAUACCAGCAUCCAGUUUGACAUCGCCGCCGCUAAUCAUUGGCUGUGGCGGUGACCAGCUCCCUUUAGGUCAUGACACAAGGGGAUCCGGUCUCCGCAGUGACUGCGAAGAUAUCAAACCGGAUUGCGGUAGUCCAGUGGAGGACCACAGGCCUGGAGGUGGAGCUGGUUGUGGGAAUAAGGGAAGUCAUCUUUCCUUUACAGGUCUGGCUAAGUGGAGGGGGGUUUGCCCAAACAAAAUAUUAUUUGACAACCCCUUUACGAACAGUCAAAAAUCUAUACACAAGGCAUCCUAGAGAACUGAACUGUAUAAAAAUUUUUUAUAACAGAAUAAAAAGUUACUCCGUUUUAUUUGCUGAAACAACAGUAAAAAUUUUACUCCGACUACAGAUGUCAACCCCCUCCCACCACCACCAUAUAGCAACAGAAUCAAAUUAUACAACUCCGUCCGAUACAAAGCUCAAUAAAGAUAGAUGUAUUAUUGAGUUCAAUAGGCACUGUAUAACUCGUCCUGCAAUGAGCACCCCCCAGUGGUGACAGCAGGCAGGCAAAAAUUUCUCAAAGGAAAUGUCAGCAUUUUUGACCAUGUAAA